AGUGACGCCCCCGAACCCAGCUGCAGAAGCGGCCGCUACCUCCAGCACACAAGGUGUCUCAUCUGAAAAGAAACCUGAGCCCCUGGGAGGCGGCGCAGAGCGACCCGGGCAGGGCUGGCGCGGACGACGCGGGAGGGCGCUGGGCAGGGCUCGAGGACCAGAGGGAGCUCGGCCAGAGAGGACCCUAGCGACCUGAUCGUGCCAUCCCCGCUCUACGCUCUCCUCGCAUUUUACAGAUUUCCCCCCCCCCCACGACUGUCGCCUCAAAACGGAGCCUUUACAUCAAGAGAAGGUGCGGGAACUGGGGCAACCAGGACUUUCCCGGGCACCCAAGAUGCGCUCCAUUAGGAAGAGGUGGACGAUCUGCACAAUAAGUCUGCUCCUGAUCUUUUAUAAGACAAAAGAAAUAGCAAGAACUGAGGAGCACCAGGAGACGCAACUCAUCGGAGAUGGUGAAUUGUAUUUGAGUCGAUCACUUGUCAAUAGUUCUGAUAAAAUAAUUCGGAAGGCUGGCUCUUCAAUCUUCCAGCAUAAUGUAGAAGGUUGGAAAAUUAAUUCCUCUUUGGUCCUGGAGAUAAGGAAGAACAUACUUCGUUUCUUAGAUGCAGAAAGAGAUGUCUCAGUGGUCAAGAGCAGUUUUAAGCCUGGUGAUGUCAUACACUAUGUGCUCGACAGACGCCGGACACUAAAUAUUUCUCAUAAUCUACAUAGCCUCCUACCUGAAGUUUCACCAAUGAAAAAUCGCAGGUUUAAGACCUGUGCAGUUGUUGGAAAUUCUGGCAUUCUUCUAGAUAGUGAAUGUGGAAAAGAGAUUGACAGUCACAAUUUUGUAAUAAGGUGUAAUCUAGCUCCUGUGGUAGAGUUUGCUGCAGAUGUGGGAACUAAAUCAGAUUUUAUUACCAUGAAUCCAUCAGUUGUACAAAGAGCAUUUGGAGGCUUUCGAAAUGAGAGUGACAGAGAAAAAUUUGUGCACAGACUCUCUAUGCUGAAUGACAGUGUCCUUUGGAUUCCUGCUUUCAUGGUCAAAGGAGGAGAGAAGAACGUGGAAUGGGUUAAUGCAUUAAUCCUUAAGAAUAAACUGAAAGUGCGAACUGCCUAUCCAUCAUUGAGACUUAUUCAUGCUGUCAGAGGUUACUGGCUGACAAACAAAGUUCCCAUCAAAAGACCCAGCACAGGUCUCCUUAUGUAUACACUUGCCACAAGAUUCUGCGAUGAAAUUCACCUGUAUGGGUUCUGGCCAUUCCCUAAGGAUCUGAGUGGAAAAGCUGUCAAAUACCAUUACUAUGAUGACUUAAAAUAUAGGUACUUUUCCAGUGCAAGUCCUCACAGGAUGCCGUUAGAAUUCAAAACAUUAAAUGUGCUACAUAAUAGAGGAGCUCUAAAACUGACAACAGGAAAGUGUGUGAAGCAAUAAAGCACAUUUUAAAACAUACAAACUGAAUAUGCACUUCUUUUCUGAAGAUGCUUCUGAAGAUUGGAAAAUAGGAUCCAAAACAUGGCUGGGUUUCGACAUCCACCAAUUAACUGAAAGGCUGAUAAAGGACGUUCGUGAGAAAUCCACUACCAGCUGAUGAAAUACCUGCAAAGUGCUCUAAAAAUUAAAUAUUUUGACUUCAAGGGUCCUAGUAAGUGCCACUUCCACUAAGAACACAGUUUGAAUGUAUAAUCAGUAGUGUUUACAAGAUCCAACAAUGCACUCAUCAUUGGUUAGCAAAGCAAAUGUGUUCACCACUGUCGGGCUGCUACUGCAAAGCCAAGCACAUUAGAAGAGGAACCCCAGGAACACAACUCAGCCCUUGGGAAGUUACACCAUCCUCAUCCGCAGGAAUCAAGAUGGAAACAGUUUGAGCAGUGAAAUUUAUAAGAUUAAGCAACUCAAGUAAAUGCCUUCAGUCAGGACACUGAGUCUGAUCAUGAAUUCUAUGUUUUUGUUUAUGUUUUUGUUUGUCUUCUGGAAUCUCUUUUGGUUUGGGUAUUGGGGUGCCUAGAAAUCCUUUCUGAGAUACAUAGGAAUGAGAAAAAUAAACUUCGAGUCAUCAUUUCUAAAGUUCUUGUAUUUUUAAAAAGCAAUCACACAAAGACUUUUUUUUUUAAAGUUUUAUUUUGCACAACUCUAAACCUCCAGAUUAUUUUCUAAUGGUGUAGAAGGUACCAGCUAAACUGUACCACUAAGUAAUAUUGAGCCUUUCUAAAGGAAAGAUGUUCCAUGUCAUCUAAGAUGGUAAAAUGAGCAGAAAAGCAUGCUCUUUUGGUACCAAAGAUUAUACUCAUGUUUCUACACAACAAAUCAUUUUCUUUUCGUGAAAAUAAUAUAUUAAUAACAUGAAUAUAUUAUUAUGCUAUUAAUGUGAAAGUUGUGUCUAAAUAUUUUAAAAUUUCCAAAUUUAAACUUUAUUUUUAUUUGAAGGAAUACUGACCACACCUUUUACAUAUCAUAAUAAUUUUGUGGAAGCCUUUUGCCCAUUAGAAUAAAUGUUUGAUUGACAUAGCUGACAUGUGAAUUCCAGUUAUUUGAUAUUCCCCUUGUUAUUCAAAUAGAAAGAUUGGCAUGCUGUUUAUAUCAUUAUGAAAUUUCUUCGUGCAAAAAUAACAUGAUUUAUAGUGAUGCUUUCAUCACAGAGAUGAUUAAUUUUAAGAGGUUUAACAAUGAAACUGCGUGUCAAUAUUUUGCACUUAAAAUGAAUUCAAUUGACCAAUAUUUUUCUUUAGUUAAAUUUAGUCACCAUAUCACACA